CUUGCUUGUUCUGCCCACAUUGGAAGAGACAGGCUGUUGUCUAUCUUGGUUUAGUUAUAAACAUUUUUUUGUUGGUACUCAAUUUAGCUUUGUUUUGAUUUUCUUCCGGGUGGAGGAAAUCUAGCCGCCAAAUUGAAAUUAUCCAAGGCGCAUUAAUGUGUUAGCGUUAGAUAUCGCUAAUGCACUUAAUUUGUGUUUUUUAUAUUGCCAUUCGCUAACGCAUAUCCAACAAUGGCUGAAUAAAAUUAAAAAAAACUAACGUUACCAUAGCUAGCUAACGUGUUAUCUCACACGGCGGACACAAUGGACGAGCCGUGAAAAGAUGUUUUGGGGUACUUGAACAUAUUGGAAAUGGAAGCGAACAACUUGGCAGUGAAGCAGCAGGAAUUCCGGCAGAUUAGUCGCGAGGAAGAGCUGAAUGCAACACCACAGGAACUCCUCGCUAAAAGACCAGUUAAAAGUUUAAAUAAAAGCAAAUACACUAAUCCCUCCAGAAGCUGAGAACUCUACUGGACAAAACAGGUGUUCCAUGUGAGAGGGAUGAGGAUGACCUGGAGGAUGGCUCAGAGAACUCACGACUUCUGCUGUUGAUGGCCAGACACACACAACUGCAGGACCUGCUUCAUGGUCACCACCUUAUCGGUGGGUAUGAUAUAGGCGUCUACCUUGAGACAUAUAACCUGGAGAUGAACCUGGGGUCUAAUCUGAGAAUUUGUCGCCACAACAUCCCUCCAUUCAUACCCCUGGAGAGGCUGGUCAAGCAGAGCAACAUGCAGACAGACGUCAGGGCUUUCCUGUAUACCCUCAGCCAAUAUCUCAAUGCCUACGUUGGCCGCAAGCAGCAGCUGCACCUCAUCAAGGAGCUUCAUAGCUCUGUUCAGGUGAUGGAGAGUAAUACUCUCUAUACUAUACUGGUGCUGAUGUUCACUAUACCAGGAGAGAAAGCCGGGGCUGCACUGUGUACACUGGAGUAUGCCGACCACACACGAUGCCUGCCCAACCGGGUCAACAUAGUCUGAAGACAUCGCGCUGGCCAGUUCUCCACAAUGGAAGAAGAACCACGCCCUACUCCUGGAGACCCCAGUACACACAGCCUUAGUGACCAUUAAAAAGACCAGCAGUAUCGCUUAGUCUGAACACACAGUAUGCUGUAAAUAUACUCCAGACUGAACAGUUGUUUAUGUCAGUGUAUGAAGUUUAUUUUACAUUUGU